AUGGAAGACCUCGGCUUCUUUAACGAGCGAGAGGCGGAAUGUUUCGAACGCGAAGACACGUUGUCCCAAUCAGAUCUCGAAAAGCUCAAUGUAGACGAAAACAUGCCGGAAAUGGAAAGAGCGGAGAAGCUCCUCAAGACAGGGCUGGACAAGCAGAAGAUUAGCAUCUUGAACUCAUUACCGAAGAUACUGGCGAGCAACAACUCAAAGACAAAUCUAAGUAUUAUUCUGGAUUGUAUGAAGGGUGUGUGGCAAAAGUACGAGUCGGAAAUGAACGCCGACGUUGCGGUUCUUCUUGAGUUAUUCAAGGGACUCGCGAGCUUGGCAUGUGCAACAGUCGAUGGAAAAGUGCUGAGCUAUCCGACCGUCACAUUCCACGAUGAAUAUGCUCACCAGCUUGAGACUUGCUGGACGGAGAAGAAAAACGCUGUAUUUCUUCUUUCGGACGAACAGGUCACCAAGUUGCUGGUCCCUUUCGCACUCGAUAUUAUUGCGGAGAUCCAGCAAAAGGACUUUGCCGAAGAAGCAAGCUCGGUCGUUAUUGCACUUCUGCCACGCAUCGGUACUGCACUGAAGAAGACGCAGAUUCUUCGAGUAGCCAUUGAGAAAGGGGAUGUUUCUCAAACACCCGGCUCGAGGCUUAUUUGCUGCUUUAUUCUGGGUGCCGUCACCGCUUUGAAUCUCUUGUCUGCCCCAGACAUUGAAGGACUUUACUUUCAAAAGAUGAUGUCCUUGUGCCAAGACACAGACGCCGAAGUUCGCAAAUGCAUGUGUAUUCAACUAGACGGACUCGCUCGGGCAGUGGGAGAGGAACACGCUUGCAAGGAGUUAUUACCAGAGCUGUUAGAGUUGCUAAACGACGAAGAAGAACAGGUCAAGCAAAUAGCGUUUCUCGCCCUCUUGUCAUUAUUCGACUUUUUCCCUGCUCGGGAUCGCACCAAACAGAUAAUUCCAGAAUUUAUCGGGAUUGCCGAGUCGCUUCCUGACUACCUCGUUCCAUUGCUAGCCGAGCAGUACGGCCAGCUCGUCACAAAGCUAGCCACCCUGAAUCAUGUCGGAAACGAUACAGGCCAAGUGUUUCUGCAAGGUUAUUCGAAGCUUUGCUCUCAUGAAGAACAGGAAAUACGGCAAUACUGCGCGUAUAAUUUCCCUGCCAUCGUAAAAGCUUUUGGAUCGACGUAUAUAUCCACUUUGAUGGACGAUUUGCUAGCCAAGCUGGCGAGUGAUCCAAGUGAAGAGGUUCGGCAUCACAUCGCUGCUGGAAUCCAUGAAGUCGCUCUACUGUUAGGACAGCACCGAGCGAUGCGGUACCUGAAGGUGUUAGUGCUGAGUUUGAUGAACGAUGAAUCACCGGUUGUUCAGGGAAUGGCAAUUUCUCGAGUACCACAACUGCUGCCUGCCAUGAUAAACCCCAGCGACGAGGACCAAAAGUGGUCAAGUAUGCUUGAGUACACUUUAGUUGUAGGGAAAGAUGGCCAAGUGGUCCGACGAGCUCGAGUCAAGUCGUUUGACCUAGUGAACAAAAUCAUUAGAGUGCCUGGAAAAGACACCGGACGCACAGGUACGAUGAACAUGAGUGGAGGAUUGGGGGGUAUGUCUGGUGGAACCAACUCGAUGGCUUUGGCAAUGGGCAUCGGAUCGAAGUCUGAUCAAAGCAAAAUGAAAGCGACAGCCCCGAAAACGUCCAACAAACCUGCACCGCCAAUAACAACGCUCCCUAACUGCGCUACAGCUAGACCCGGACACGCAAAGAUGCCGCAAGCAGCCAAGGUUGCGAAUUCAACGGGUAAAAUCAUAACCCCCGGGGGCAAGAGCAAUUCCGGACCAACCCGUUCGGGAACCGGUUUGCCUAAGGAGACCAGUGUUAUCACUAAGAUCCCCAUUAUCAGGCCGUCAGCUCCAGCUAAGCGUGAAACGAGCCCGUCGAGUAGUACGAAGCCCAGCAGUGCCACAUUGGUGCUGGCACCAGCACCGUCGAGCAGAUUAGGAACAAUAGACAACGGCGCUCUCAGACCGCAGAAAGCCUCUGGAAUACCAGGAACCCCCAAACGCUAGCAAGCAUCAGUGAUCCUUACAAAUAACCUUAUCAAGUCUUCAUCUAGCCACUUGAGUCUCUCGUUCUAGUUCAAAUUAACCCGAGAAACUUAGCUUGCUCAACAGACACA